AUGACUGGGGCCUGUCGCUUUAACGUGUCCUGGUUUGGAGGUACUCUGCUCGAUGACCACAAAUCCACCUGGUCUGACUCUACGCAGCCCCCUCCUCAUCCAGCUCCCACCCCUGAUGAUGCCUUCCGCCCUGGCCAUUGUGGGGUCUUCUCCCUCAGCUGCUGGGCCGAGCCACCGAUGGAGCCUGCUCUGCCACUCUCUUGCCCCAGGAAGGAGGUGGGAGACCGCUGCCCAUCCGAAGGGGAGGAGUCUGCUCUUCGCCCUGGUUCCCCAGAGGAAAGGGAGGGGGAAGUAGGGCGGCCCAUCUGCCCCUCCCUGUGGCAGCGGGUGCGCAGGGUCUUCCUCUCUAAGCAGUUCAAGUCUGAGAAGUUGGAGCUUCUCUACCAGCGUUACCUGCUGCGCCUUAACCAGGGCAGUCUCACAGUGCUGCUGGGUCUGCUGGCACUGGUGUGCGGCCUCCUCACCGUCCUGCACUGGGCCCAGGGGCCCCCGCGGGCCCCCUACCUGGGCGUGCUGUCGGCCGCCACCGGCUUCCUGCUCCUGCUGGCGGGGGCCUGCAGUCUCGGCCCCAGCCCCCAGCGUGGCCGGGUCAGCCUGGCCUGCUAUCUGGUGGUGGGGCUGCUGCUAGCGGUGCAGACGGCCGUCCUGCUCGGCCUGUGGCCCCCCAGCCCCUCUGGUGGCCUCUGGUGGUCUGUCCUCUCCGUCCACGUCAUCUACGCCCUGCUGCCAGUCCGCAUGAGGGUGGCGGUGGUCAGCAGCGCCCUCCUCUCCGCCCUGCACCUGGCUGUGUGCUGGUACUGCAACCGGGAGGAGCCCUUCCUCAGGAAGCAGAUGCUGUCUAACUUGCUGAUCCUCGUCUGCACCAACAUUGUCGGCGUGUGCACACAGUACCCUGUCGAGGUGUCGCAGAGGCAGGCGUUCUGUGAGAGCAGGUCGUGUAUUCAAGCACGCCUGCACUCCCAGCAUGAGAACCAGCAGCAGGAACGCCUCCUCCUCUCCAUUCUGCCCCGACACGUUGCAAUGGAGAUGAAGGCCGAUAUCAGCAGCAAGAAGGAGAACAUGAUGUUCCACAAGAUUUACAUCCAGAAGCAUGACAACGUCAGCAUCCUGUUUGCUGACAUCGAGGGCUUCACCAGACUGGCCUCCCAGUGCACAGCUCAGGAGCUGGUCAUGACCCUCAAUGAGCUCUUCGCCCGCUUUGAUAAGCUGGCAACUGAGAACCACUGUCUGAGGAUUAAGAUUUUGGGUGACUGUUACUACUGUGUGUCUGGGCUCCCUGAAGCUCGAGCCGAUCAUGCUCACUGCUGUGUGGAGAUGGGGAUGGACAUGAUUGAGGCCAUAUCGCUGGUGCGGGAGGUCACGGGAGUCAAUGUCAACAUGCGUGUGGGGAUCCACAGUGGAAGGGUUCACUGCGGAGUCCUGGGGCUCCGCAAGUGGCAAUUCGAUGUCUGGUCCAACGAUGUCACACUUGCCAAUCAGAUGGAAGCAGGGGGCAAAGCAGGUACUGUGCACAUUUCCCGUAUCUCUAUCUCUGG